GAUCAGAAGGAGGCCCAAGAUCAAAAGCGACGACGUUUGAGGAUUUCUGUUCUUUUUGCCCAUCUUCACUUCGGAGAAACCUGUCGGCUCUGACAAUGGAUGGAGAUGAUAGCAUGGUCUUAACCAGUGGUGACCUCUAUGGCUCAUUGGUCAACUACUCCGAUGGCUAUUAUGAUUACGACAACUCGACCGACGCCUGCUGCUCAUCAUCUUCCAUUUGCAACUCCAACGCAACCCAAGCCUUCGCCGGCAGCUUUUUGCCCGCUUUCUACAGCGUGAUCUGCAUCCUGGGCUUGUGGGGCAACGGGAUGGUCAUCACGGUCCUGCUGCGCUCCAAGGAGGCUCUGGCCGGGACGGAUGUCUUCCUCUUCAACCUGGCCGUGGCCGACAUCCUCCUGGUGCUGACCCUCCCCUUCUGGGCCGUCCAAGAGGCCCGUGGCUGGGUCUUCACCACCUUCCUGUGCCGAGUGGUGGGCGGUGCCUUCAAGAUCAACUUCUACGCCAGCAUCUUCUUCUUGGUCUGCAUCAGCCUGGACCGCUACCUCUCCAUCGUCUGCGUCGUCCGCAUGUACAAACGCAGUAAAGCCUCCGCCGUCCGACUCACUGCUGUAGCCGUCUGGGCCGCCUGCCUCCUCCUCACCGUGCCGGACUUCGUCUACUUGUCCGCGGAGUACGACUCGCGCCAGAAGUCCACCUCCUGCUCGCUGGUCUUCCCGACGGCUUCGGCCACGCAGUGGAAAGUGGGCCUGAGCCUUUUCAACCAAGUGGGCACCUUCUUCCUGCCCUUGCUGGCCAUGGGCUACUGCUAUGCCCACAUCGUCUUCACUCUGUUGCUGUCCAAGGGCUUCCAGAAGCACAAGGCCAUGCGGGUCAUCUUGGCCGUGGUGGGCGCCUUCUUCCUCUGCUGGCUGCCGUACCAUUUGGUCCAGUUCGCCAACACUUUGGACAGGCUGGGCCUCCUCGAAGAGGACUGCGCUCGGCAGGAGAGGCUGGAGGCGGCCGAAGUGGUGGCCACCGCCUUGGGCUUCUUCCACUGCUGCCUCAACCCGCUCCUCUAUGCCUUCGUAGGGGUCAAGUUCCGACACCGGUACCUGGAACUGCUCCAAAAGCUGGGCUGCGUCAGUUACGAGUUUGUGGCCAAAUAUAGCCGGCAGGGGUCGGCCAACCGGAGGGAGUCCACCUGGUCCGAAAGCACCGAAGCCACCUAUUCCGGAGGGUUCUAGGACAUUUU